AUGGACACUAUGGAGCUUAGACAGGGCUCGGUGAUGUCCGACAUCACCAACAAGGCCAAAACGUCACAGAGGAGAACAUCACUUAUGAUGAGAAAUAACAACAGCACGAGCCUAGCGGCGACAAGUGUCAAGGCACAGGCCUUAGCUAAUAAAUAUCGUCUCUCCAAGACUCCCAAUAAACGAGAACCCCAAACUAAAGUCCUUAGGAUCAAAAAGCUGAACGAGAUGCACGCGACAGGCGCUUUCGAUGUCGAGGAAGAGACAAUAGAGAAAGCGAGAAUACGAAAACAAUCAGAAAGGACUAUUGGCCAGGGUAUCAACCUGGAUGAGUUCGAUGACUUUGAUUUCGACGAGGAGGAAGAGUAUUAUUAUGUGGAAAACAAUGACGAGGAUGCCAGCCAGAAAAUUUACACUGAAGCAUGCAAAGAAUUUGGGGCAAAGUACAUGAAAUUGAUUUACAAUCAACUCGCAAAAGAAACAUUAAGUUUACUAAGCGUGGUGCUAAGAACAACCGACAGCAAAGCCUUCGCAACGGCCCUGGUGAAAAACUCGUCGAUUGACACCCUUGUUUUGGAGAAUAACAGAAUUGGAGGCCGAGGGGCAAGAUAUUUUGCCGAGGUGCUGACACGGAAUCUCUAUCUGACAGACGUGAAAAUCGUGGAGAACCACCUAGGUUCGGAAGGUGCCGAAGCGAUUUGUAAAGCCCUUUGUCACAACAACUACGUACGUCGACUUGAUCUCUCAGGAAAUGGCUUCGUUGAAGAUGAUGCACUAUUUUUCAAGGAUAUGUUAGACGAGAACCAUGCUUUACGGGAGCUGUACCUUGGUCACAAUGGGUUCCGGGAGAGGGGCGGUGAGGUGUUUGCUGACGGACUUGCUACCAACGAUUUCCUCAGAGUGCUCGACCUUAGUUGGAAUCAUCUGCGUAUGGGCGGAGCGACAGCAAUAGGAAAAGCACUCCAGGUAAACCGUCAUUUGGAAAAGCUCGACAUUUCAUGGAACGGUUUCCACGUACGAGGUGCCAUCACAAUGAGCAAGGCGCUUGAGACUAACCAAGCUCUCUCGUAUCUCGACAUAAGUUGCAAUCGUCUUACAGACGCUUGUAUCACGUGUCUGUUACAAGGACUAAAAGACAAUUCUACGCUACGAGUUCUACGGAUGGCUAAAAAUCCCAUGUUCCCAGAUAGUGCACAAAAAAUCCUGGAGUGUGUCCAAGAAAAUCCAAACAUAGGAUUGGAUCUGAUUGAUCUCGGGGACCAGAGUGUGACGGAAAAAUUCUACGAGAUUCUGUCCGAUCUAACUGAGAAGCGACAAGGAUUUAAGGUGAAGUAUGGUGUAGUAUGGAAAGCCGACAGGGAGGUCCUAGGUAAACAGGAUGACGAUGAGGACGAGGACGAUCUGAUAAAUGAAGACCCUCUUCUCGUUCUGAUGGAAUAUGCUCGCAUGGAGAACAUAUCACUUGUGGAACUCUUCAUCAAACUUGACAGCGAUAAAAGUGGGUCAUUAUCUCGAGAGGAGUUCUUGGACGGUUUAGAGCAAGUCAACAUCCCUAUGCGUAGAAGGGCUUUGAAUAAAUUAAUCGACAAGAUGGACCAAGACGGAGAUGGAGAAAUUGAUUUCGACGAGCUGAUGAGUGCACAUGAAGAACACAAAGAAAAACUCAAAGAAUAUUUACGAGGGGAUGUCCCUUUGGACGAAACGGAAAUCGGACGGAUAGACAAAUCUCUGCGAAAUGUCAUGAACAAACGGUAUAUUAUGCACAAGUUUUAA